CUGAUUUUAUUCGUGGUUUCAGAUUAUACAGUGAUGGAUAAAGUAGAUCGAGGCAAGAUUAAAAUCGGUCACUAUGUUCUGGGAACGACUCUUGGCUCGGGUACCUUCGGAAAGGUCAAAAUCGCAGAGCACAAACUUACAGGGCAUAAAGUAGCAGUGAAAAUUCUGAAUAGACAGAAAAUCAGAAGCUUGGAUGUCGUGAGUAAGAUAAAGCGGGAAAUUGAGAACCUAAAGUUGUUUCGUCAUCCACAUAUUAUUAAGCUUUAUCAAGUUAUCAGCACGCCAACCGAUAUUUUCAUGAUAAUGGAGUAUGUCGCUGGCGGAGAAUUGUUCGAUUACAUCGUGAAAAAAGGGAAACUUAAAGAGUCAGAAGCAAGAAGGUUUUUCCAGCAGAUCAUAUCAGCGGUGGAAUACUGCCACAAACAUAUGAUAGUACACAGGGACCUCAAACCGGAAAAUCUUCUCUUGGACUCACACAGCAACGUCAAGGUCGCAGACUUCGGCUUGAGUAAUAUGAUGAUGGACGGCGAGUUCCUCCGUACAUCUUGUGGCUCACCGAACUACGCAGCGCCCGAAGUCAUCUCGGGAAAGUUGUACGCGGGCCCAGAAGUAGAUAUCUGGUCGUCGGGUAUUAUUUUGUACGCGCUGUUAUGUGGAAGCUUACCGUUCGAUGACGAUCACGUGCCCAAUUUGUUCCGAAAGAUUAAAGCUGGCCACUUUUUCAUCCCGGACUACAUCUCAGAGCAUGUUCGAAAGUUGAUGCUUUCCAUGCUCAAUGUGGAUCCUCUGAAACGGGCAUCGAUAAAGGACAUCAAAGAGAAUCCGUGGUUCCAGAAAGAUCUGGCGCCCUAUCUUUUUCCGGAGCAUGGACACGACACCACAGCGAUAGACGAAGAGGCUGCGAAGGAAGUUUCAGAGGCGUUUAACAAAGAUUUAGACAGGGUCAUUGCUGAUAUCUACCUGGGAGAUCCAUCGAAUCAGUUUGUGAUAGCAUAUUUUUUGAUCGUUGACGAAAAACUGAAGUUGAAACGAUCGAAUGCUGAUUCGGCAAAAGAACAAAUGAAGUCAGAGUUCUUCGUUGCCAGUACUCCAGACGCACACCCUAGUCCCCUAAGGUCAAAGUUGGCAGCGUUGCCGUCGAAUGCAAAACAGCACCCGGAGCGGCUGACUCAGAAGAUUUCACGCACACCAUUUGAUAAUACACAGCAACCGGUGGUGCCAUCCGCCCCUCCUAAAAGAUCACGUUGGCACUUGGGAAUUAGGUCCCAGAGUCGACCAGCUGAUAUAAUGUCAGAGGUUUUCAAAGCCAUGAAACAACUCGGGUUCGAGUGGAAAGUUGUGAACCCAUAUUGUGUGCGAGUGCGGAGGCAAAACCCGAAGAAACCUACAAGCUUUGUCAAAAUAGGACUUCAACUCUAUCAAGUUGACCACAAGUCUUACCUGUUGGACUUCAAGAAUAUAAAACAAGCAGAGCUGUCGAUGCGACAGAGACAAAGGGCGAAUAGUCUGACUAGUAACACUACGAGAUCGGGCAGCCGAGAUAGUAUAUGCGAGUCGCCACGUGCGUUUGAUCACCCGAGGUCGAUGUCAUCGUCCUUCAAUGCCAAUCAGUUUUUCGCGGGUCCAAGUGACAUGACUCCGGAAGAGUUCGCAAAUUUAGUGACCAAUAAUAGCGAGGCCAUGCGAGAACAUCAGACAAUGGAGUUCUUCGAGAUGUGCGCGGAUCUGAUUAGGACUCUGGCAAGGUAAUAUGGAAAAAAAAACUAAGCAAAAGUAACAAAAAUUUGAACUGCUGAAUCACAAUUUAAACUGUAAAUUAGUUUAGUUAGCUGUUGAAGACUCAUCCUCAUCACCUUCAUUAAAUACAUUGUGUUCUGCUGUUUCUCCUCAAAUCUAUUUGGAAAUGAUUCUCUAAGCGGCUCUUCACUACUGUUUGUUGACUUCAUAGUAUAUGAAUACUGUGUUUGAUGUCUUAACGUGCUAUUAUUACUCAGUGAUUCAACACGUACUCUACCUCUCUAUCCAAGUUGAACUGGAAAAUGAUAUUAAUAAUACAUCAGAGGAGCCAAUAAUUUGAUAUGCUUCUAAACUUUUCAAUUCGGGAUAAAAAUUAAGGAAGUUGAAUUACUUGAUACAGAAGUUUGUUUGUAUGAGUACCUGAAUGUUGGAAAGAAAUAUAAUUUUUUGUACGGCCUAAUUUUGACGGAUAUUAGUAAUCGAAUGCAAUCCGCAAAUAUUCAAUUGGUUACAUGACAAUUAACCCCUAUGCAACUCUAACUCUAUCAUCCAACUUAUCCUAUGCUUCGUUACCAUAUGUUCAUAAUAUCAAAAUUUACCCUAUGACUUUGAA